AUGCAGAUCUCAACCAUCGCCACCCUGUUCCUCUUCUCUGCGGGCCUCGCUUCCGCCCAGGAGGUAAAGUGCAAUCAUUCGAUCAAGAAAAUUGGCGGGGGGACGCUGGUUGCGACGGCGACUGCGGGUUGGAAGGCAAGAUUCUACUUUAAGAAACAACUCGUGGGCGUGUGCGAAAGCAGAUCUAGCCAACACUGCAGGUUGCAGAAUUGCAAACUGGAACCUGGCUGGGAACCAAUGGCAAUCAACCCUGUUGGAGCGAGUGGUAGCGUUGGCUCAUUGGGCUACGACCCUUCAGGCUCUUCCUACUAG